CCGGGACGGCCCCUGGUCCAGGGUCGCCCGCUCCACGCGCGCGCCGGCUGGGUUGUCUACCUCCGGGCGCCGUGUGGGGACCGCUGCGCGCCGCCCUCCUCGCCUCCUGCGGCCCCGCCUGCCUCGCCUCGCACCCCAGCACCACCGGUGAAAUAACUUUUUGCUGAGCUCAAGAUCACCCCGGCCCGAGCAGGCCAGUCGACAGCUCCGGAAGCUCCAGUCGGCGGCGGCGGGACCCGCGGUCCCAGGCUGUACCGUACCGCGCCCUGCGGGCAGCCACUGCCAGAGCGCACGCCUGCUCUGCUCUCGCGACACGACGGCAUGGGCAGCGGGGCGGGGGCGCCGCUGCUGCUGACGGUGGAGCGGCGGCGACCAGCGGUGGCGUAGCCGAGGCGGCGGCGGCAGGGCCGUGGAGCCGUUGGAGCCGUUGGAGCUGCCGGCCGCGGUAGCAGAGCGCCGCGGGAGCGCGGUGUGGUCUUCCCCCCUGCGGACCGGAGCGAGUCGACUCGACGGCGAGGCGCGGUCGAGAAGGCGCCGCCCUUUGGGCCGCCGGGCGCGAUAACUGAACACGACACGCUGACAACAAUCGGGUGACUGCCUGGCAACCGGCAAACACCCAGCAGUGCUCGGCUCAACACAACCACCAGGAUGGCGAGGGCCUCGGGCUCCCCGGCCUCCCCGACGACCUCGGCAAGAGGACGCCGUCGGCGCCGCCCGCUCUCCAAAGGUUUAGUUGUGAGUCUUGGCACUGGAAGAAUUCACAGAUCGAUUUGAGUCGUGGAGUCUGCGGUGCCAAAGCCCACGACUACCUUUCUACACGAGAGACUGCAGCUGCUCGACCACGCGCCUUUGGCGACCUCCCUGGCGCCAGCGAGGGACCGGCACCGGGGCGAAGGCCGAGUCGGUGUGAUGGUGUAAGUCGUGUCAGUGGAAAUGCAGCCUCGACGUAGUCAUAGCUACAAUCAACUUCACACUCGAUCUCGUCCUCAUGCUACCCCAGUGAGGGAACUGAUACGGGAGACAUGGCUGCUGACAUCAAUAGGGAUGGUGUUGUACUUUGGAGGAAUUUAUUUGACAGUAUGGAAUGAGGGACGAGCAGUUACGACAAGCAAAGCACUUGAUACAUCAUUAGCUUCAGUUGUAGUUUUAAGUCCAAACUCACAACCUUUUCCAGAGAACAGUGGUCGUUUAGUUCAUUUAGUGGGAGAGAUAUCGGUUGGUGAACCUCUGACUGAAAUGGAUUAUGGCGUUGCAGUUCAAGCAGUGAAGCUGAAGCGUCGAGUUCAGAUGUUUCAAUGGGUUGAGGAAGAAUCACUUGUUGAUUUACCUGAGGGUGAUGCUAUGCGCACUGAUAUUAAUUAUUACUACACCACAGAGUGGAGGGACAAACUGAUAGAUAGUUCUCACUUUGCUCGCCCCAUGAAUCAUCAAAAUCCAAGAGAAUUUCCGCUCAAGAGUACUGUGUAUGUGAAUGACGUCGUGACAGUAGGGGGCUUCAACCUAGGUCCAGAACUAAAAGCCAAGUUCAAUGACUUUGUUCCAAUUACUAGUGAUGAAAGACCAGAACAACGUGAUAUAAAAUUACAUGCUGGUCUUUAUUACCACUGCCGUGAUGUCUGGGAACCAGAAGUUGGGGAUAUCCGUGUCCAAUUUUCAUAUGCAGGACAUGCUGGUUUUCCAGUGACUGUUGUUGGAAUGCAAGUGGGUAAUGAAAUACGAGCUUACCCAAUGGCCCCAGGAGUGGAUAUAAACAUUGUUCGUCAAGGCCUCUUAACUGCUGAGGAAAUAUUUUGGCUGGAGCAUGUUAAUAACCGUUGGCUAACAUGGGCACUCAGAGGGGCUGGUUGGUUUAUUUGUUUUCUUGGUUGUACGUGUCUCUACGGACUUUUAAAUGCUCUUGUACAACGCAAUUCACUUGCUCGUGAUCUUCUUGCUGGGGGAUCUGGUUCUAUUAGCAUGACUAUGUCCAGUACAAGCUGCUUAGCUGCUGUUGCAGUUUCUUGGCUUUGGUACAGACCUUACCUAGCUGGAGGUCUUCUCUUGUCUGCUGCUCUUCCAUUUUUGUGGGGAGGGAUACGCCAUGGUCAUGCUACUACAGACCGCACCAACCAUCAAGCACGACCUGACGCUUACCGGCGGCUGCCUGACUGAGCAAGGUCACACACGCUUGGGAACAUACACUUUCAACAGCAUGAUCACACUGAGAUGAUUUAUCAGACAUAUCAGCCAAAGCUAACAAAGACUAAACUAAAAAGAGUUGAGCAGUAUGUCAACUCACAGGAUCCUUGCCAGAUGCCAGAUUUUGUAGAUGUGUCUGGUUUAGGUGAAGGCUCAUGUGAGAUGUGUGAAACAGAAUGUUAAAAAAUUACAUUUUUAGGCUGGGUCCUGGUAAUAUCUUGUUUCUACUUAAAAAAUAGUUUAUUGAUUGUUGAGCUUUAAAGUUUAUUAUUGACAGACAUCUAUAGUCUCUUGACAUUUGUUGCUUGAUUUUAGGGGCAAAACCAGGCAAAACAAUCAGAUGUUGAAUUAUAAAAGAUUUUUACCUGAUCUAUGGAAAUACCUGCCACACUAUUUUGAAAAUGAACAUUUUUUAACUCAACCAAAUUGUAUUAGAAAGAAAAUGCAUAUGUUAAUUUUUUCAAAAUGAAAAAAAAAAAAAGUUUCCAUUUAUUAUGAUGCAAUGAUCUAAAUGUUUGCUUUUGCUAGGUAUUUUUCAUAAAACCCUCUCAUUGGAAACUCAUUUCGUUCGUAUCUCUCUUCAGAACCAAAGUGUUAUUUUUCUAGAGACGAGUGUUGAUAUUUACCACAUCUUCCCCACAUCAAAAUGUGGGUACUUUUUUUUUCUGUCUUAACUAGUCUAUGAUUGUGAUACAACUUCAUCUGGUUUCAGAACUUAGGGUAAUCUCAGUGGUACAAGAAAGUGUGGUGCAUCGUAGCGUGUGUUAAAGUCUAUUCUAAUGCCAGUAUUUUGGCAGAAAAUGGUGUUUGUGAGUUACUGCUCAUUUCUAAGGAGUAUAGGUCAGUUUUGUAUUUAAGUUGAGGUGAGUUGUGUCUCACAUUAUCCUGUGCUUCAUGUGUUCAAUUCUGUGAUUUACUUCAUGAUACAUGCUAGCUCAGUCACUUUGAUUUAAGUUCCUAAAAAAUACUAAACUGCUGUCUACUUAGACUAAACUAAGAAUCUGAUUAUUGAUAAUAUCUUUGAAAACUUAGGGUUGAUUGUACCUUACCAAAAUCACUGAAAUCAGCACCAUUCAUUACCAUUUAGUAUGUACUCAAUUGCACUGCACCUCCUUGUUAUACUGUGGUUGUUAAUAUGGUAGUGUUUUUACUGUAUUAGUAUUAAUAAGAUAAGUGUGAGCAUACUUAAUGUAAAUUUAGAAUAAUUUAUUAUUGUAACAGCUUUUUUCAAUUUAAUUUUGUAUGAGAGAGGAGGUAUGAGUAUGAGAGAGAAAGUGGGGACAGCCAUAUUCUUGUGCUCGUCUGUUUCAUAUUGUAGUAAACUAAGUUUAUAACUCAUUUAUAGAGAAUAGAAUUUUUUAAAUUCCCAACCUGCGCUUUGAUGUGUAAUUACAAUUUUAUUCAUUUGUUGAUUUACUAAACAUUAUUGACUUUCAAUGUUACAAGCAAAACUUGGAUUCAAACACUUUUUUAUUUCACAUUGUUCUAGAAGUGGUAACUUUUUGUAAUUAAAUAUAACUUGUUAUUAAAAUAUAUAACUCUUAUUUAA